UUGGAAGGUCUUCUGAGUCGCGCUCGUUUCAACCCUCAAGAAUUGUUGGAGCUUCAACCUAGACUCAGAUCUACCCUUGACCGACAUUCACCAUCAACUAUCUCUGCUUGUAUCCGCGUACUUGAACAACGGAGAGACGAAGAACCUGAAGCUUCCGUAGUCACACUUUUCAUCGAUCUCAUCACAGCAAUGGAAAGAGACGGACAAGUCCGAUCCUUCAUGCAACCAACUCCUGACUUAUUUCACUGCCAUCGUGUUAUGGUCACCCCAACCUCUUUAGUACUCCAAGGCCCACUUCCAGACGAAACCAACCGGGUGAUUCGAAAAUAUGCAGACUACACUUCCAACUUCCUGCGAGUCGAAUUUCGGGAAGAAGACCGCCUACAAUUCCGAUGGGACCGCGAUGUCGAUGGUAAUGCGUUCAUUGAUGAACGUGUAGGUGGUGUUUUGAAAGAGGGCAUCAUGAUUGCCGGACGGAAGUUCGAGUUCUUAGCCUACAGCUCCUCGGCAUUGAGGGAACAUGCUGUAUGGUUCAUGACACCAUUUCGAACCAGAGAAGGGGUGAAAGUCACUCCCGACUCGAUUAGGAGUUCGAUAGGCACAUUCUCCAAAGUUCUGUACUGUCCCGCACGGUAUGGAGCUCGCAUAGCGCAAGCUUUCUCCGCUACCGAGGAUUCUGUAUCCGUCGAGGUGGAGGAGGUUUUCCCCGGUCUAGACAAAGAGUCCGAAAGUAAAAGUUGCUUUACGGAUGGCGUUGGCAUCAUAUCCCCAGCACUGGCCGAGAAGAUAUGGGAAGAGUAUAUAAAGACUCGAUCUAAACGCAGCCGUCGUCGCCUACAGACUCCUACUGCCUACCAGAUACGAAUGGGAG